UUCUGUUUCACAUCUUAAAAACGCAGUGGUUAGCAACGCUGUUGAGAGCGUAUGGACUCGGUCGCCCGUAGCUCAGUGAGCAGCACCGUUAAUUCCUCUAGUCUGGAACGGAUUGUAGACGCAGUUAUCAUUUCAGUCUAUUUAGGCUCGCGAUUUUCCUUCGUUCCAUUUUUCAACUGAAGGCCUUUCACUGAAAAGUGGGUGUCUCCUCAGUACUGGUGUUCAGACAGCGGCGAGUGCAGAAGUGUGUCCUCGAUGGCAGGGUGGAAGGACGGCUCGGUGCAGGAGAAGUAUCGACUGGUUGUGGUUGGAGGUGGUGGUGUCGGAAAGUCAGCCCUAACUAUACAAUUUAUCCAGUCCUACUUUGUCACUGACUAUGAUCCCACGAUUGAAGACUCGUAUACGAAGCAGUGUGUCAUUGACGAGAGGGCGGCCCGGCUUGACAUCCUGGACACGGCCGGACAGGAAGAGUUUGGAGCCAUGAGAGAACAAUACAUGAGGACAGGGGAGGGCUUCCUGCUUGUCUUCUCAGUCACUGACAGAGGAAGCUUUGAAGAAAUCUACAAAUUUCAAAGACAGAUCCUCAGAGUCAAAGACCGGGAUGAAUUUCCCAUGAUCCUUGUAGGCAAUAAAGCAGACCUGGAGCUUCAGAGACAGGUGACCCAGGAGGAGGGCCAGCAGCUGGCCAGACAACUCAAGGUGACGUAUAUGGAGGCCUCAGCCAAAAUCCGUAUGAAUGUAGACCAGGCUUUCCACGAGCUGGUUAGAGUAAUCAGGAAAUUCCAGGAACAGGAAUGCCCGCCUUCGCCAGAACCCACGCGGAAAGAAAAGGACAAGAGUGGCUGCCAUUGUGUGAUCGUCUGAGUGGGCCUUAUCACUGUCAGUCACCCAGCUGCUGUCACCAGUCCCCGCCUCCUGCCUGACAUGACAUCCUGUAUGGAUGACUGAGCGCUGCCUUCUCCACGUGCAUGACUUCACCAGAGGUUCCUGUGGUAGCUACCAGGAACUGCUGCCCCCUCCCCCUCGCCCCCAGACUUCACUUCUAGAAGAAACUGACAACGCCAAAUGUUAAACUCCUCUUGACCUUCAACAAUAAUCAAAUUCAUAUGAGAAAGUCCUAACACUAAACAUUGCCUCUUAAAUCAGCUAAACAAUAUCAUUUUUUGUAUUCUGAAGGACUUUUUCUUGCCUUGCAGUGACAUUUGUACUUUUUGCCGAGAUUGAAUGAGAAAUAUAUAUAUAUAUAUAUAUGCAGAAUGUCAAUGAGAGGUUUUAGUUACCAGUUUCUCAUCAGAAUAGAGAGAUGAUCUUAUGAAGCUUUGUGUAUGUCAUGCCAUAUCCGUUUUUACUUCCAUGUGCUAAUCCGCUACUGUACAUAAGUGAAAUUUGUUGUGAUUUUGAAAGCGCAUUUCUAAUGACUUAUUAAAUCGCCACAGUACAGCGUGUAAGGUUGAUGAGUUUGGUUUGACUUCUAUGAACAUAACAUGUAUACAAGUAUGUACGCUGUACAGUAUAAACCUAGAUAGCCCUAAAGUUAUUAUGACAACUUCACUUUCCAGCGUGGUCAGCGGAUCCAUUUCUAUGUCUAUGGAUUCUGCACUCAUCUCACUGGCCAAAUAUGGAAUGUUUACUGUAUUUGCAUUGUAAGGGUCAUUGACUUUAGGCUUCUAAUAACAUGAUAUCAAACCUGUUUUAUUUAUUUAGUUGUACAACUCUUCUCUGACUCUUACCUGUUGUUGUUGACUAUCUCAGAGUCAGGUUGGCCUAAUCAGAAUUAAAUAUUUUAAACUCUUUAUAUUUGUAAUCUUUGACAAGCAGUGCAGAAGAGACCAUGGGUAGUAUUUAUGUACCUCACUGAUAAUGAUGAUGUUAAUAGCAGACCAGUUUCAGAAAUGCUCCUCUCUGACAUAUCUUUUAAAAUCAAUCCCUUUCAGUUUGAACAUUGAUUUUUGUACCAUCUAUUUGGCUCUCUUUUGGGACGUAGUUAUUACUUAAAGUAGACAGAGGUAUUGAGCUGUUGAAGCUCACUCAUAAACAAACUGUAACUUCAUUUCAAUGACAUGGUUGUUUGUUACACACCACCUUCAAUUAUUCUUGGAGAUGUGUUCAUGUUCUCUCCAAGGUUAUUGAUGUGACUCUGGGCCAGGAUGGAGCUGUUUCCAUGACUCCCACAGUCACAUGGAGGUUACAUCAUUGCCAUCAUUGACCUCUCACCUUUAAAGUUAACAUCAAGACAAUUCACACAUUCUGUUGUCUUGUCAUCCUUUUCAAUAUGAUCUGUAUUUCUGCUUAAUAGAAACCAACUAUUGUAGUGUUGUUAUAUCAUCAUGUAAUAUAAGACAAAAAGAAACAUGAAAGUGAUUAUUUGAUGGACUUGAUUAAAUGUUUUUACUUUAUACUUUUAUACAUUAUUUUCUUAUCAAACUAGUUGACAAGUAUUUUUAUAUGUUUGUAAGUGAAUAUGCUCUCACAGCUCAGCUGUGUGUAUAUGUAAAGAGGAAUGUAUAAUUCCCUUAGCUGGUUUUGAACUGAAGAAGACUGUAGGCCUACAUUGGUUCUUGAUCAACCUGUGGUCCAGGACCUUUCCUCCUCUUGUGGUUUUGAUUUGAUUUGAUUAGUUCUCAUUUGGACAAAUCUUCCAAGAGUUCUUGGUGUCGGUGACACAUUUUCCUUGACCAUUCCCCACUACCUUGCCCAAUGCCUAUACUGCAAAUGUCAACCAAUGUGUUGGUUGAGCGCCUCCACUCAGCCCACCUGACCUACUAGCAGGGUGGAUUGUGGGUAGGCCGUUCACUCUUCUCUUCACUGUUCUCUAGGUCAAGGUUUGGGUCACAGAUUCAUGUGUUCUGCUCAAUGGUGGAGUCUGUAAGUACCACCUCUUCUCUUUUGGCAAACUUUAUGUACAGUACAUUCAAUUCACAUAUAUUUUUUUCUUUUCACGUCCAUGCCCCUUGCCCCAUGUAUAGCUUCUGGUGCUAUAAUAAAAUCUGUCAUUCAGCCAACUA